AUGGCUUUGCAGAGCUCCUUCACUUGCUGGAACGGGACCGUCCUCCAGCUCGGGCAGGCCUGCGACUUCCACCGGGACUGUGCCCAAGGAGAAGACGAAGGCCAGCUCUGCAGUAAACUCCCUGCUGGUUUUUACUGCAACUUCGAGAAUGGCUUCUGUGGCUGGACCCAAGGCACGCUCUCGCGCCCCACGCCGCAGUGGCAGGUUAAGGCCCUGAAGGAUGCUUGGUUGCAGAACCACCAAGGCCACGCCCUGUUGCUCAGCACCACUGAUGUCCCCGCUUCGGAGAGUGCUACGGUGACCAGCACUACCUUCCCUGCACCGAUGAAGAACUCUCCAUGUGAGGCAAGUCUCAGUGUUGCUCUGAGUCUCUGA